AUCUCACACUAUCUCUUCAACAGCUCUUUCAUAAAUCCAAUUCCCAAUAAUCAACAUGUCUGACUCUUACGGAAACGACAGCUACGGCUCCAGCCGUCGCGACAACGACGACAACUCUUACGGCUCCAGCCGCCGAGACAAUGAUAACAACGACUCCUAUGGCUCAAGCGGCCGUGACAACAACGACAGCUACGGCUCCAGCCGUCGUGACGACGACAACGACAACUCUUACGGCUCCUCUCGCCGUGACAAUAACGAGAGUUCGUACGGAUCCAGCAACACUGGCAUCGGUGGAAACACCAGCUACGGCUCAUCCGACAGGGACAACAAGGACACCUUCGGCUCCAGCAACAACGAUUCCUACGGUUCUAGCCGCAAUGACAGCGACACCUUUGGCUCCAGCAACGACAACUCUUAUGGCUCCAGCCGCAAGGACAACGACAGCUCCAACACCUAUGGCUCUGGCCUCAGCGGUGGAAACGAUAGCUACGGCUCUUCUCGUGACAACGACAACGACAACAGCUAUGGCUCUAGCCGCCGUGACAAUGAUAACAACGACUCUUAUGGCUCUAGCCGUAAGGACAAUGACACCUACGGCUCCAGCAACAACGACUCCUAUGGUUCCGGCCGCAAGGACAACGACUCUUACGGAACCGGAAACACAUACGGAUCCUCCAACAAUGACUCCUACGGCUCUUCUAACAAUGAUUCUUACGGAUCAAGCAACACCUACGGUGAUGACAACGACAACAACAAGAAGUCAGGUGGCUUCUUGGACAAGGUCAAGGACAAGGUUGAGGAGAAGGUCAAGGGACACAAGAACCGUGACAACGAUAACGAGUACUAAUUGUAAUAUGGGGGUUUGGACUCUAGCGUAUUAGUUUUGAGAUAACUGAGUGAGAUGAGAUAUUCCUUGCUCUUGAAUUGAAGUUUCUUUUGUUCACA